AUGCGCGUGCUGCAGCGUCUGCACAGUCCACACGCUCAGUACCGACAGCGUCUGCAGCUGCUGUAUUUCCGCGCCUUUACUAGCGACACGCUGGAUCCGUUCAAGCACCCAGUGCUUGCAACGACAUCGUCUACAAACGCCAUUUCCUCAGACACCUCUUCGUCACCCGCCCGCAGCGCGUUGAAUGGCUCUACGAAUGGCUACACUUCACCCAGCAUGCCAAACGAGACAAUGCAGUUCUUGACUUCAUACGAAGACGAGGAGCAGCUGGCACAGCAGCAGCAGCAGGACCUUGAGUUCACUGCACAGCGUAUUGGCUUCCCCCUGAGCGAGACGGAGCUAAAAGAACGCACCGAGUUUCAAGUACAGCAGCAGCUCGACCAAACCGACGGGAUUCGAGAGGAAUCGCGCGAAGAAGCGACGGCCAAAGCCGAGCGGAUCAUGGCUGUGCUGCGUCACUCCAUGUCGGAGCUGGAGAUUGGCAAAGUUAUUCACCGCAUUGCUCAAUAUGCCACGCUCCCUCGUGUCACGGGUCUCUCGAGGAAGCAGUUUCUACGGUCGCUCGAGACGAGAUUUGGAGCAAACAACACGAGAGAACUUGGCUACAUGCUUGCUUUCCUACAGGGUCGUGACGAUGUUAUCGACCAGCUGGAGGUUGACUCACGAAUGGGGGACGACCACGCUCAUGAGACAGAAAAAGAUCCGACAGCACGUGCUACUGCGAAGACGACGGACGAUUUUGUCGUGCCCAAGAUCAUGGGUCUGCACCCGGACUUAGUAGCUGACCCUCAGUUUGUAAGCAUUGUGUUUUGCUACUGCCGACUGGCGUGUCUAAAUUCGCUGAAGCUCAUGCAACGACCAGCAGCAGGCUUUAGUCGGGGACCUAAGUCGAGUUUGUGGCAGGUCAAGGCAGAUUUCCGAAAGGUGCUGGACAUGGAAGGAUUCUCGCAUUACGCCGACAUGCUGGGACUGGAGAAAUAUACAAUGAAGGACGAAGACGAGCACACUGAUGCGCUGGAUGCCGAAUGGGAAGAGUUUAACUUGGAAAACGACCGUAUUGACUUUCGCAUGCUCCUGUCUCAGACCCAAAGUAUUGUCGAUUUCAUGAAAAGUGAGCUACCCAGUGAGACGAUAUUGAAAAUGCUCGUGGCGAUGCUGGCGUCGGUCAAGACAUCAAAAUUGCACCGCAAGAUCUUUCAGGAAAUGGUGUGCAAUGUCCAGACUGCGUUCCCCGAGACGUUCCACGAGCAACUACUAUCAGAGCUCGUGCCUUUUCUUUCCGGUGACAAUGCCACAUACGAGGACUUCGACUCGAAAGUUGCGACCACUGCCCUACAGCACCAUCAGAUGCGAAACGAAGCUAUCAUUCGCGCUCUGCUAGAGACACGAAUGCGUGUUGGCCACAUUCUUAUUCACGACAUCGACGACGUGGAGCCUGCCCAUUCGAUCCCGAAGAAGCUGACCCCCGAACAACAUGAGAAGGUGAUUACCACGGCUUGGAAUAUUGUGUCUGUUCUGGAUGACCGUAAGUAUCACAUGUUUUUCACUCGCUUUCUCAAGUACAAGCUUGCAUGGCGGCCGAAUCGCACAACCUUUGGCGAAACAUUCCUUUCGGAUGUGCGGAAGACCCUAGGAUCUCGCGAUGCAGACGCUAUUAUGCCUAUGUUUGAAGAAGUGUGCCAGCAGCUAUCAGUGGAGACGUUAACGAUCUGUCGUGUGAAGCUUCGUCACUCUGGAAAGCUGCUACGAGGUCGAGGUGCGCUAGAGCCGUUGAAUGAAGCUGGACGUGAGCGUCUCGAGACCGCAUGGCAACCCUCGCGUUGCGCGUUCUACCGCAACUUACCACACGGCGUAACAAAAAAGCAUUUGGAAAACGCUCUUGCUCACGUGGGAGGCGUCAAGCGGUAUUUCAUGUUCUCCGACCCCAUCAACGGCCCACCAGAGUCAUUGUUGGAUGAAGAGGAUGAAGAAUUUGUUGACGAAGAGGAGCAAGAGAGCGAACCUGACGCUACCGACGACGAGGAGGAAGGCGUAAAGAAGACGAAAAAGAAGAAGUCAACAAAGGCGCAGCUGAAUGACAUGAAAGGGCUGAAAAUGCCUAAGCACAAGCGAAAAAUUGUCGCGAGUGAUAAGAAGACGCCGUAUCAAGCUGUUGUUGAAUUUGAGUCCGAGCGUGCGCGCCGCAUGGCGACAAUGCGCGCGUUACAAAUCUUUGGCGUGAUGAUGUCAGGCUGGAACGAGUACCGACCGGUGUUCUCAUCGCCAGCAGACGGACGCUCUAGUAUCGCUAUUAUCGACGUGCCUUAUGGCACUAAGGUUGGCGAGCUUGUAGAUGAUGUGAACAGGAUCCUUUCCAAGGCUGGUCUGAAUAUGAAAGUGUCUGGCCUAGUUCCGCGAGGUGUUAUGCUGACAAAUGGUCGUUUGGAUUUGCGCUUUCCGUCGUUUGUGGAGGCCGCCCAAGUCGUGGACCUGCUGAACGCAUAUGUUAGCAGGAUGAAGAGACGUCGGGCCCUUUCGAAAAAAGAUAUGUAUCGCUUUAACGAGUAUGUGAAGCUCAAGAAGAGGAAGAAAUUGAAGGAAAAAACCGCAGAGAAGGAGCGAAAGAAGGAGGAAGAAGAGCAGCUAGCACGAGAAGAGGAAGGCGACGUUCACGAUGACGAGGAUCUCCUGUGUUUCGGUGUCGAUGAGGAUGAGGACGAAGAUGAGAUAGAAUUGGACGAUGAGGUUGACUGCGACAACGACUGUGAGGACGAAGUGGACGAUGAAGAUGACGACACCGAGCAUGACGAGAGGGCGGGCGUCAAGUCGAAAAAGAAGUACGCGCUCGUGGUGUCGGAAACCUUGGAGGAAUACUUUGCCGAGUGGUUGGAGGCUGAGGCGAAUAUGACGGAGGAGGAUUUGGCACUCAGCAAAGUGCCUCGUCCAUUUGAUGUCACGUGGACCCCAAUCGCGAAGCCUAAGAACAAACACUUGUACCUUUAG